AUGACUUUUGUUUUUGGGUUGAUUCAAACAUUGAGUUUUUCCUUUGCGCAGAGGCUUGGGGGUGUUAAGAAUUAUUCAGUGUUAAGAAACGAUCAGUUGAGAAUUAAAGGAGUUAACGAUGUGAUUGUUGUUGCCUCUAGUAAAGGUGGUGUUGGCAAGUCUAUCACUGCUGUUAAUUUGGCGGUUUCAUUAGCUAACAGGUGUGGAUUGAAGGUAGGAGUGCUUGAUGCAGAUGUGUUUGGACCAUCUGUUCCAAUCAUGAUGAACAUCCACCAAAAGCCAGAAGUUAAUAAAGAUAUGAAGAUGAUUCCUAUUGAGAAUUAUGGAGUGAAGUGUAUGUCAAUGGGAUUUCUGGUGGAUAAGGAUGCGCCAAUCGUGUGGAGAGGACCCAUGGUGAUGAGUGCUCUUUUUAGAGUCAAGUUGUGUGUUUUAUUUACAUGUUUUCAAAUUUGUGUGUUUUAA